UAGAGAACAGGCUACGUGAUAAUUUGUUGCGUGAAAACGAUGGCUUUGACUCAGGAAACUGUUUUAAAGUUCUUGGUGGAACAGGGCGGCAAGGCAAAGAAUUCUGAAUUGUUGAAUGCGUUUAAAUGCAUCAUAAACAGCUGUGAUGUUACGGAAGAAAAACACAACAGAGAACUUUUCAAGAUGUUCAUUAACAAUAUUGCGGUCGUGAAAGAAAUCGAGGGCAUGAAGUACAUUGUGAUGAAGAAAAGGUACCAGUACUUACUGAAAGGAGAUAUUACGCUUAAACAGCAGAAUUCAAAACUUUUGGAAAGUUUGGACUGCUCAAAAUCUCUCUCGCCAUCGGAGUUCCGCGGCUGUUCUCAUGAUGAAGUGGGUAAAAUCCUCCAUUCCGAACUUGACAACGGUAAUAUUCCAAUUGUUUCAAGUACAAGUGACGACCGUUUGAACAGUAACUAUUUGAACAAUAACUCGUUCAAUUCGCCCACCGAAUUACCAGAACAGUUAUGUCGCUCCUUUGAGCGCAAGGCUGGUUCUGUUUUUGCCAUUGUGGCAGUCAAGACCCAUGCAAAUGAACAUGGAGCUGAACUGCAGGACAGGCAGGAUGUAUCAAACUUCAAAAUACUGAAUCAAGGGACAAGUGAAUCCUUUUCGAAGCCCCACAUGAUGCUCUUAAAGAUGUCACAAACCCAGUUAAACACAAUGGCAGACUGCAGGGACAUGUAUAUGGUUUCAGAGGCAGACCCUUGCAUAUCUCCCAGAACAAAAAGGAGGCAAGUAGAGGAAUGUGCAGCGCCAGGAUCCCCCGAUAUGAGGAGAGGACACAGAAUCACAAAACCAGGUGAUCAGCAGCCCAAAUACUCUGAAACCAUCCCACUGGAACAUACAGAGCACGAGUGGCUGGUACAUUCUGCAGCAGGGCACUGGACUCAAGUCUAUGGUCUCCUACUGGAGAACAGUCAGCUGGCUGAGAAGAAAGACUUCAUGUCUGGAUUUACAGCACUUCACUGGGCUGCUAAGAGUGGUAAGAGUGAGAUGGUUCGUAAAAUAAUCGAGACGUCCAAGAGAGCGGGUGUACACAUUGAUGUAAACGGAAAAACCCAUGGCGGUUACACACCUUUACACAUUGCUGCCAUACAUGGCCAGGAAUGUGUGAUGACUUUGCUUGUGAGUAAUUAUGGGGCCGACACAAAUAUUCGGGAUAAUAGUGGUAAGAAGCCAUAUCACUACAUGCUCAAAGGUAUGUCCCCUGAACUAAGAAUGAUGGUUGGUGAGCCGCAGGUAUUGCAUGAGACGAAUGCGGAAAGGCACGACGACGUUCAUUUCCAUGAUCUUCACAAGGGCUUUCACAGUUUCAGUCGGCUGUUUCAUCCUCAUGUGGGUCACAAAAAGAAGCCCAAACGAACAUCGUUUAGUUCCAUCAGUGAAGAUGUGGAGGUUGAGAAUGAGGACAAUGCAGUCAAACCUAGACCCCUUUUAGACAUUUUCCAUUGAAUAUGCACUCUCUUCACAGCUAGAAUUUGUUUGGGGAAUCUGUAUUUGACUAUUGUAUUUAUUUGUUCCUGUUAAAAAAAUAACUUUGUGUGUACCUAUGAAGUAAAACAGGUUUCCUUUUCAGAAACCGUAUGCUGCUCAAGGCUUUACUUGAGGUAACGUUUACAGGCUUGUACAUUUUAUUUUAUUAUUUACAAUGAUUCACUACACCAUAUACUUACGUAUAAUUGCAGGUACUAUUUUGUGCCAAGGUAUAUUUUUAAAACACAAUUCAUGCUCAUCAUGGUGUAGUACAAAUAGUUAUUUGUGAAGCAACGUGAGUGAUUCAUGUUUAGGCGUGACCUAGAGAGGAGCACCUUCGACGGAUUCAUUAUUAUCCUAUUGUUUGAAAAACAAAAGGUGCAGAAUGCUGGUUGCUGUGACAACAGAAUGCAUUUCUACAAAACAUCAACAUGGAGUGUUUACCAUUGAAGGAACAAUGCUUGUAUCAUAUGCAUAUUAGUACUAGUAUUGUAAUAUAUUGAUAAAACUAUACUAUUUAACUUACAAAAGUAUUUGCAAGAACGUGAAUAAUUUACCUCACCGGGGGAAAGUAUGUCAGCUGUGGCAUGUGUGGCACUGACUGAACUUAUCCAGCUAACUCAGUAGCCCUGCUUCCUGAUACACCCCUCUGGGUUAUUACACUGGUGCUUCAUUGUGAAUGAAGUGUUUCUGUACAUAUUUGUGACAGAUUUUCUUUAUAGAUAAUAUAAAGAGAACAUGCUAUUCAAAUGGACGAUUUAAAAAUAAAAACUCUAAAUGCAUUGAAAAUGCUGUCUUUCCCUUUCACAUAUACUCUUAGUUGACUUUUCACGUUCCAAUGAUAAACACAAUAGAUAGCUGAAUUAUUAACAUGAAAGUUUUAAAAACCUUUAAAACCUGCUCUUUACAGCAGCAAAACUGACAGAUGGGAAGUGUGUGAGCGGGUGUCUUAUUAAUACCUAGGAAUCUGGCUGGAUGAAAAGCUUACUUUUAAAAUACACUUUGACAAUAUUGUGAAAAAACUAAAGAUUAAAUUGGGUUUUUAUUUUAGAAAUAAGACAACUUUGCCACUCUGAAAAAAAACUGGUCUCCCAGUGAUUGAUUAUGGUGAUGUUCUUCAUCUGAAGAUGCUUUAUCUCAAAUGCUAAAUCCCUUGCACAUAAAUGUUAUCUGUAGGAAAAGGCAGGUCUGACUUCAUUAUCCCACCGCAGAUGGCUUCAUUGGCUGGUCUCCAGCUAUUUUACUUGUGAUUGUUUAAAUGUCUAAUUUGUAUUGUGCUUUUGCUUUUGUCUUGUUUUGAAUGUUAUGUUGUAAU